AGUACAGAAAUUGGCCGUCAGAGGUUUGUCGUGGCAGUGGGGCGCGCACUGUGGGUUGCUCAGAAUGGUGUUGGUCAUUUGAGUGCCAAAUUCUUUUAAAAUUGGCUUUGUAAAUUUAUUUAAGUGGGGCAUUUCCAAGUAACUUUUAGUAAAAAAGAAGACAUUUAAUUAAACUUUCCGCACGCACAACUUAUACUGAAAGACAGCAAAGGCUUAUAGCAUAGCGGUAUCGAGAUAUAGAUUAGAGCUUUGACAUUUAACAUUUUAUUUAAAGGAAGAUAUAUUUACAAAGUAUUGGAAUAAAGAAUGGCUUCUAAGUCGAGCAGCAAAGGAAGUCGUGAACCUGGUACCCUGGCGAAAACAUAUUUGUUCUUGUAUAAUUUCCUGCAAGUCAUAGGGUGGUCCUAUCUUCUCCUCCUUCUCAUUAAACAUUAUACUUCUCCAAAGAAAGAAUCUUUGUGGGAAACUGUGAAAUUAACAGUUAUAAUAUUUCAAAAUGCUGCUGUCCUAGAGAUUUUACAUGCAGCAUUUCGUCUAGUAUCAUCAAAUGUUGUUAUCACUACUUUCCAAGUGUUUUCUCGGGUAAUGGUUGUGUGUGGAGUAUUACUUGCUACACCUACUGGAGCUGCUAGCCCAGGCCUUGGCUUAGCAUUGCUUGCUUGGUCUGUUACUGAAAUCAUCCGUUACAUGUUUUAUGCCCUUAAUAUUGUAGGGUUUGUUCCAUACCUUCUUGUUUGGUUAAGGUACACUACGUUUAUAGCCCUCUACCCUAUAGGUGUAACUGGAGAACUACUUUGUUUAUAUGCAGCGCAAUCCUAUGUGGCAACCAAUCAUAUGUGGAGUGUCGGAAUGCCAAAUUUCCUAAACUUCACAUUCAGCUACCAUUAUUUCUUGCUUAUUGUCAUGGGUCUUUAUGUUCCCUUAUUUCCUCAAAUGUACCUCCAUAUGUUUGCUCAAAGAAGAAAAGUUUUGGGAGGUGAUGGUACUAGUUCAAAGAAGAAGCAAUGAAAUGAGAGACUGACUAAACUGUCCAGUGUACAAAAUUUGUAUAAGUGGAACAUAGUUAAAUUGUUGUGAUUUCUAUGUUUUUCCAUGUUGAAAGUAUUUUGGCCUGCUACCUUUUUCUCUCCCCCCCUCGUGUCUUUGUUCACCACAGUUGAGUAUUUUUUUAAUGAACUUGGUGUUUUAAAGUUAGUUCAUAUUAUGGAAUUAAUUAAAAAUGUUUGACUGCUAUUAAUUAUUUACAUUACUUGUUCCUAGGAAAUGUGCAAUAUUGCUUAAUUUUUAUCUAUUUCUUGCAACAACUAUUGUUAUUUAAUAACAACAUUUUAGCAACUAUUUGCUUUGAAUUACAACUAGGUGCUUGUAACACCCAUCUGGAAAACCAGAACUAAUAUCAGAUCAACUUGUUUUGUUCUUCAGAGAAAGGUUGGAACAUUAGUGUAAUAAGAAUUUUUAAGUCCGGUAUUAUGGAAUUUUAAUGGAUAGCAAAAUUGAAGAUGAUUUUUUAGAAAACCAUAAACCUCUCAAAAGUAUUUGAAAUAUCAGUCUUUACAUAGUAAUGUUAUAAUCCGCUCUUGCUCCCUUGUUAGUGAAAUUCAUCAUAUGGAUUUUGAAUUAGCUAUUAUUAUAAGGAUUUGUUUAAUUAUUUAAAGAUAUAUUUAUACUGCUUUACAAACAGUGUACAGGUGCAUCAAGUAGCAUAAUAAAGAAAGUCAAACACUAAUUCAUCAGGGAUAUAUUCUAAUCAAGUUUGACUGUAAGUUGAUAAGUUUGACCGUCCUCUGUCCACUUGUGAGCUCAAUUUAAGACUGGAAUAUAUGGAGGAGAGAGUCGUUUCAUUUUCUUGAACUAAAAAUUGCAAUGUUUAGAUAAAUGUUGAGAAAAAGUAUUCAUAAGAUUAGGUAAAAAAUCAAUUACCGAUAUUUUAAAUGAAACUGUUAAAUGACCAGUGAAUACCAUUUCUUUGCCACAGCACUUUCAAUCAUUCUGGUAGUGUUGUUUUUUAAAAGAAAAGUUGAACAGUUCAGAAGAUUUUAUGAAAAUUAAUUGUAGUUGUAGUACACAGAGGUGUAAUGCAGGAAGAAUAUCAUUGACUUAGUCUUGAUGUUACAACUUAAGGUUGGUGGAAAUGAGCUUUAUGAAAGAGACUUUUAAGCAAAAUCUUGAAUCUCAAAAAUUUUAAAUCAUAUCUCUUUGUAAAAAAUGUACCAUCUUUCGUGUACAAAUGAUGAGCAGCUUCAAAAAUUGUAUUGUAGGAGUGAUCAAUGUGUUUUACACAUGACAUGUUGAAAUAAUUGUGUGUAAUGUGUAAAUUCUGUAUUGAAACAAAAGGAACUGAAUGCACACAUUCUACAGUGCCUUUAUCAAAUAACGACAAAUGACUGUUGGCAGCACAUGUGACAAACAUUUUUGAAUAUGAAAGUCAACCAGUGUGUAGGUUGUGAAUGUUUGUGAAUUUUCAUAAUACGAUGUGAUCUACCAAAUUAUGGUUUAAAAACUCCUCUGUUCAAUAUGCAUAAUAUAUUUUAACAAUAUUGGAAAGGGUUUCAGUUCCCAGCCAUUAUUUUGGUUGAAAAGAGCUUAAUUUUCCAAUGGUGGUAAUAUGAACUCAUAUAACACUUGGUGAUAGACCUUUGGAUUAAAUAUAUUUUAAGCACAUAGCAGUUCCCUGAACAUUGAUCUACAAUAUGUUUUUAUUUGUAAUUUGUAUGGGGUUAAUUGGUGUUAAGUAUAGUGUAAUGAACUGUGGAUGAGGGUAGAGAAACAAAUUUUCAGUAUAUGUUCUAAAGUGGAAUGUGUUUUAUCACAACCAACAAUUUUGGUUCGCUAUAUCCAAUAUGCCAAAAUAAAAUAAUUUCUUGGUAAAACACAGGUACAGAUUUAUGUACGUAAUUUGUGCAGAGCCUUCUAGAGAGUCAAUGCUAUCUCUCUACAUUUAUUUCUAUAUUAUCCAUAUUCAAAACAUCUUAGUGCAGUCUUUGUAUUCUCAAAUGACCCUUUUGGGGUUUGAAAAACUUUCUUCAUUUUCUUCUGUUCUGGCAAACAUCAUCAAAACAUGAUAUUGUAGCCAGACAAGAUUUUUAUUGUAGUCUGUGUCGAUGAAGUCUACAGGAUUGACAGAAUUGCCUUAGACGAGCUAAAACUAAUUCCUUGUUUCCUUUCAUUUACUGCAAAUGCAACACAAAUAGUGCAUGAGAUUCUUUGCAUGCAAACCUUUUGGGUAUUGGAAUUUGUAAUAUUGAGGUGAAGUUUGUAAGUUUAACUAUUUCCUGUUCAUUAAAUCAGAUGUGAUGAGUUCACUAUAACUGAAUCUAGUAUUGAUUUGUAACAUACGUGAAUUGGAAUCUGUGACUUUGGUCCACAAUAACCACAAGUUCACUAGUUCAUUCUACCAUUCUAACUAUACUAUAACAUUUCAAUUGAUCAUGUAAAAUUGUAAUCCUUAUCAUUAGUACUUACUGUAACAAAGAAUUUCAGCAUAGAAUAGAAUAUUUCUCAUGAAUAUAACACAAAAGAUGUCAAGAAGGCUGUAACAGAUUGUAGUUAGCAAUUAACGUGCAACAAAACUGAUAACCAGAGUUUUGAAAUUUCUUUCCAAGCAAUGGAACUUCCUUCAUUAGGCUAAUAACCGUUUCAGAAAAAAAAUUACUUUUAAUUUCUUUGCCUUUAUUACUUUCUCAUAUACGAAAAUUUAGAGAACUUAAUGUUUGUUAGUUUUUGUUUUUUUUCUCUUACUCUCUCUCCAUAUAAUCUGUCCAUGUAAAACACCUACGCCUAAAUUAUUUGUAGGAUUUUCUCCAAAGUGAAUAUUCCCUUGUCAAUCUGGCCUGACUUACAGCUCAGCAAUUUUUAAAACAUCUUUUGAAUUUUGCAGGUACUUGACUUGAAGUCCCUAAGACAUUUAAAAAAAUUUCUGAAACAUGUCUCCAAAUUUUUCCUAAGAAUAAAGAAAUACACAUAAAUAUGGCCCAAGUCCAGUUUUCAGUGUUAACACUGAAUAUUCAGAAAUUUCAACUGUGCAUUUUUUCAGCGUCUUCCUACAAUUACAAUAUUGAAGAGAGCGAAUUUUCUUCAAAUGAAAUUUGCUCUCCACAAUUCUUUCAUCAAUGUCAUGUACAAUUUUGUGAAAAUUUUAGUAGUUUUAUAGUACGUUCGAGUGAAAUAGGUAAUAUUAAAAGAUAUUAAAUUGUUCUCAAAAAAUGGCUACAAAUUUUUUGUUUUAACUUUUUGUAGGGAUAGUGCUAAUUGUACUGUAAAUUCUUUUCCCUGUAUUCUUUUGUUUCUUCAAAAAAUAACCAAAUGUAAUUUUUUUAAUAUUGCUCUCAUGUUGUUUAUAUUUGCAUUACUGCUGGUUUGUACCAAUUAUUGUAUUUGAAAUUGCAAGAGGAUUAAAUGAUGACAUAUAAUUGUCGAAAUCUCAGAAUGUUUCCUGUGAAAAUGAGCUCCUAAUUGAGCAUUUUCGGAAACUCUAAACACCAUUUUCUCGAAAUCAUCACCAAAUUUUUUCUUCAUUUCUUUUUUCUAUAGAUUGUACUAAAUCCACUGUAUAAGAUAUCACCAUUUUGCUUCUUUUUUUUCUUUUAAAAAAUUACACAUGCAUCUUUGAAAAAAUUUUUAGUGUCAUUAGUAUUUAUAUUAUGUGCAUUGGCUAUACAUUAUCGUACAUGUGAGUACAAUUGUAUCAAAUUAUUUCUCGUAAAGUUUUACAGAAACUCAAAACUUUUUGAUGAAAUAAGCUUUUAAAUGCACAUUUUUAUAUAUGCCCAAAUAGCAUUUUCUUUUUUAAAAUAGGUUCCAAAGUUUUCGACGGAAAUUGUAUUCAUCUAUAAUAUUCUUAAUGUUCUAUCUCAAUUUUACCAUUAUGGGAUUGAAAAUUUUAAACAAAUGUGAAAAAAUGCCUGUAGAUGCAAAUAGAUGGCAGUUGAGAAGAGGUUGGGGCGGGGCAAGUGAAAAGAUUGCUCAAACUGAACAGAUAAGGAAAUUAACUAGUAUGAGAAAGUGUGUGCAAAUAUGCAACACUAGUUUUUCUUCUUGCAUUCGAUAGCCAGUUUUGUAGCAUGCCAAAAUUAUUUUUCCAAAACAAUUGUGUGCAGCACAGUACUAAUGUUAAGUGAUGCAUGAUGAACACUUCUUGAACAUGUUUAAGAAUUACUGCCCAACUGUGAUAAUAAGCUCAAUUAAAUACUAAAUGGAUAUUUAAGUAUGUUAAAUUAUUCUCAUCUGAAGAAAUUCAGAAAAACAUUCCAAUAUUUAGUAAUAUCUUUUGCCUAGUUUCUACCAAUUUUCUAAACAAAUUUGAAGACUUGUAGCUUAAGUUGAUAUGUUGUGUUUUGUGGUAUAUGUACUAGAAGCUAAUCAUGUAGCAUUUUUUUUAUGUACUGUUUAAUGUAAUUAAAGAAUGGUUUUGUUCUAUUUAUUGAAUUUCUGUGAAAGCAUGUUACAUCUACAAGUGAGGAACUUGUUUCCAAAAGGAAUCGGAUCUAAGAGGUCAAAUUUUACAGUGCAGCAAUAAAACUUACUGUAGGUAAAAAUAUUUUUUGUAAUAAAUCUACAUUUUGUUUAGAGUUAUAAGGAUUUUAACUUAGGAUUUGGUAUGUUUUGGUAUAAAAGGUUGAGAAUAGAUAUAAUUAUG